ACCUUCUCCUCUCCAGAAAAAAAACAAAGCACAAGCAACAAAAAGAUGAACGUGCGCGCUGUGUUGUUUGUGACAGCUUGCGUGGCUGUGGCUGUGGCUGCGCCCGCGCCCGCGGCUGCGGCUGCCAAGUGCAACAUGAAGUCCCUCUACCCGCCAACCAACACCGAGCUUCCAUGGCACACCAUCGACCUGGAUCUCCCUCCACAGGAACGCUGGGCACAUGUUGUGCGGCCAAAGGCCAAGCAGAUCCACGACAUGAUCUACCAAGUCAUCGACCUGAUCCCUGCCCAGCUUCGCAAGACCCUCAUGGAGCACAUUGAUGCCAAGGCUGACGAAAUCCUUGACGCCUUCCCCGCCCCCUACGGUGACGAGAUCCGCGGCAUUGCCAAUGCCACGGGGGUGGACGUUGGCGCGCUCAUCCUGUACAACAUGGGCUAUGAGAUUGAGGGCGGCUGCACGUCGAUUGUUGCGCAGAACAGCGAAGGCAACGUGUUCCACGCGCGCAACCUCGACUUUGGCCUGGGCUUUGGCUGGGACAAGGCGAACGAGACGUGGGCCCUGACGGAGAAGCUGCGCCCGCUCCUCUUCAACGCACGCGUCGUCCGCAACGGCAACACCCUCUUCAACGCCACAUACUACGCAGGCUUUGUCGGCCUCCUCACCGGCAUGAAGACUGGCGGGUUUUCCAUCUCUGUGGACACGCGGUUUGACAACUCGUUCUGGAAGGGCCUGAUUGACUUUUUCAAGGGCGACCACAGCGGCCACUUUGUUGCCUUCACCACGCGCAGCGUGAUGGAGAACAACGCCACGUAUGCAGACGCGCUCAAGGCGCUGACCUCGGCCAAGAUGGUUGGCCCGUCCUACAUGAUCCUGGGCGGCGCAGAGGCGAAGCAGGGCGCCAUCAUCACCCGCUCCAGCAACGAGUCGCUGCACUUGUGGACGCUCGAGAACGAUCUGCACAACAAGCACUUUUACGUGCUGGAGACCAACUAUGACAACUGGGUUGAGCCGCCCUUCUUUGACGACCGCCGCCACCCGGCCGAGGCGUGCCUGGACCAGCUUGGCGCGAGCGGCAUGGGCUUUGCCGGCCUCUACAACACCCUCUCUGCGCAGCCCAACCUCAACCUCCUCACCACCUACACCACCCUCAUGCACGUGGCGACCGGCCGCUUUGAGGCCUACGUGCAGAAGUGCGACACCCACCCUUGCACCCCUUGGUGAUGCGGGCAGCGUGACAUGCUUUGCGUGUGUGCGUGUGUGAGCGAGCCGAUUUGUCCAUGUCUGUGUUUGCGUGUGUCCAUGUCUGUGUUUGCGUGUGUGUGUGUGUGUGUGUGUGUGUGUCUGUGUUUCUGUGUUUCUGUGUUUCUGUGCCUGUUUUUUGUUUGUUUCUGUUUCUGCUUUGUUGUGGUUUUGCCUUUCGAUGAUGGCAUCCACGCCGUCUCGCAUCCACGCUGUCUCGCCCCUCCUCCCUCUUUCCCUCGCCUCCCGCGCUCUUUUGUUCGCAUGCGUAUGUUAUAGCUUCUUUGUGUUUGUUGUUGCUGUUGCUUUGGGCAGCGCACCGUUUGUCUUGCGUGCGGUCUCUGCCGCCCUUUCUUUCUCUCCUGCCAUCUGCUUCCUGGUUGCAUAUGUGCGUGUGUUUUUUUUUCCGCGCCAUGUUUGGCGGCCCUCACCCGUCCUUGGCGGCCGACAGUGGUGUUGUAUCCCUGCCUUGCCCGCACAGACAGAGAUGUGGUUUGUUUUUGUGUCAUCCAAUGUUACAGUCGCUGCCUUUUCUUCCAUGAACCCGAAUGAAUGAAACACACUGAUGCUGCA